GUUGGAUGGCCUGCAUUAUUAGUAGGAUAAAAAAUGCAAGUGAUGAAGAGGAAAAAAAGAAGCUUAAUCAACUUUUAGAGACACUAAGGAAGAAAUUGCCUGAGGGCUUUAAGAUAGGAGCUGCUAUAGGUGAAGGGGAUUGUUUCUUUGAUUCCAUAGCUCAAGGAUUGAACGAGCUAAAAGAUAAAGGUCUGAUUGCAGGUAGUAAAGGAUUUAGUGUAAAGUCUUUGCGGGAAAAUUGUAAGCAAUAUGCACAACAAGUUAAUCAAUCAAAAAAACUAAAAAAAGGUUCAUGGUUGGGUAGUGCUUUAAAAGGAGAAGGUGAAAAACUUUGUGAAUAUAUUCCGCGUAUUGAAUUUACUGCAGAAGACAUUGAAAAUACAAGCUCUGAUUCAGAAAUAAAAAUUCUAAAGUUGGAAAACGCUAUAUGGGGAAGACCUGAAGUUGAAGGAAAAAUGAUAUGCGAAAAGUAUGGCGUGAAAGUUAGGACUAUAGAAUUGAGAGAUAAAGAGAUAGAUGGAUUACAUGUUACUAAAGGUAAGGUAGGUACAGGUAAUAAUAUUAUUUACAUAGUAAAUUACAGGAACCAUUUUGUACCACUUCUUAGUAAUAUUGAAAAAGAUAUAAAGAGAAGCAUAAAAGUUUCUAGAGAGGAAGCUUACGGUAAUGUGGUAGCAAACAAUAUUUCUCAAUCUUACAUUUCUACACCAUUACAAGAUAUUGAAAAUUCCUCACACGAGCAAAACGAUCAUUCAAGGAGUACAGGUAAGGAAGAUCGUAAAACGAGUAGAAAACGAAGACGUUCUGUUACAGACAAAGAUGAUAUAGUAUUGAAGAGGUCGCGUGUGGAUGUACACAAUAUUAAUGAAGAAAUUAGAUUUGCUAAAAGUGUUGCCGGUAAAGAAGGGACACCUAGAUUUAAUCAGUUCUUAGAUUUUUUAAUUGCAGGGGAAGGAAAAGAAUGUCUAGAAGUUCUGAAAGGAAAAGGAAUAAACCUAUCCAGUAUGUCCAGUAUUUUAAGUGGAUCAGGAUCUGAUGCUACAAAAGCUUUUAAAGGCUUAUAUGAUCUGUGGUUUGAUGAGCAAGGAAAUAAAACACGAUAUUUAAAAACUCUAGAAAAAGAAAGAAUAAAUCUAGCUAGUGUUUCUAGUAUUUUAAGUAAAGCAAGAGCUAAUGCUGCAAAGACUUUUAAAGGCUUAUAUGAUCUGUGGUUUGAUGAGCAAGGAAAUAAAACACGAUAUUUAAAAACUCUAGAAAAAGAAAGAAUAAAUCUAGCUAGUGUUUCUAGUAUCUUAGGCAGAACAGGAACUAGUGCUGCAAAAGCUUUUAAAGACUUAUAUGACCUAUGGUUUGAUGAGCAAGGAAAUAAAACACGAUAUUUAAAAACUCUAGAAAAAGAAGGAAUAGGCUUAGCCAGUGUAUCCAAUAUUUUGCAUGGAGCAAGAGCUAAUGCUGCAAAGACUUUUAAAGUCUUACAUGAUCUGUGGUUUGAUGGGCAAGGAAAUAAAACACAAUAUUUAAAAACCUUGGGAAAAGAAGAAAUAAAUCUUACUAAUCUAUCCGGUAUUUUAAGUAAAGCAGGAGCUAAAGCUCCCAAAGCGUUUAAAGACUUAUAUAAUCUGUGGUUUGAUGAAGAAGGAAAUAAAACACAAUAUUUAAAAACCCUGGAAAAAGAAGAAAUAAAUCUUACUAAUGUGUCUAGUAUUUUAGGUGGAGCAGGAGCUAAUGGUGCAAGGGCUUUUAAAGACUUAUAUGAUCUGUGGUUUGAUGAAAAAGGAAAGAAAAAACAAUAUUUAAAAACUCUAGAAGAAAGCGGAAUGGGUCUUACUAAUGUAUCCAGUAUUUUGCAUAGAGUAGGAGCUAAUGGUGCAAAAGCUUUUAAAGGCUUAUAUGAUCUGUGGUUUGAUGAGCAAGGAAAUAAAACACAAUAUUUGAGAACUCUAGAAAAAGAAGGAAUAAGUCUUGCUAGUAUAUCCAGUAUCUUGCAUGGUGCAGGAGCUAAUGGUGCAAAGGCUUUUAAAGACUUGUAUGACCUGUGGUUUGAUGAAGAAGGAAAUAAAACACAAUAUUUAGAAACCCUGGAAAAAGAAGAAAUAAAUCUUACUAAUGUAUCCAGUAUUCUUAAUGGAGCAGGAGCUAAUGGUGCAAAGGCUUUUAAAGACUUAUAUGAUCUUUGGUUUGAUAAGCAAGGAAAUGAAACACAAUAUUUGAAAACUCUAAAAAAAGAAAAAGUAAAUCUAGCUGAUGUGCCCGGUAUUUUAAGUAAAGCAGGAGCUAAAGCUCCCAAAGCAUUUAAAGACUUAUAUGAUCUUUGGUUUGAUAAGCAAGGAAAUGAAACACAAUACUUAAAAACCUUAAAAAAAGAAAAAAUAAAUCUAACUAAUAUGUCCAGUAUUUUGCACGGAGUAGGAGCUAAUGGUGCAAAGGCUUUUAAAGACUUGUAUGACCUGUGGUUUGAUGAAGAAGGAAAUAAAACACAAUAUUUAAAAACCCUGGAAAAAGAAGAAAUAAAUCUUACUAAUGUGUCUAGUAUUUUAGGUGGAGCAGGAGCUAAUGGUGCAAAAGCUUUUAAAGACUUAUAUGAUCUGUGGUUUAAUGAAAAAGGAAAUAAAACACAAUAUUUAAAAACUCUAGAAAAGGAAGGAAUAGAUCUAUCUAGCAUAUCUAGUAUUUUGAAUGGAGCAGGAGCCAAUGGUGCAAAAGCUUUUAAAGACUCAUAUGAUCUGUGGUUUGAUGAAGAAGGAAAUAAAACUCAAUAUUUGAGAACUAUAGAAAAAGAAGGAACAAGUUUUGCUAGCAUGUCCAGUAUCUUACAUGGAGCAGGAGCUAAUGCUGCAAAAGCUUUUAAAGACUUAUACGAUCUUUGGUUUGAUAAAGAAGGAAAUAAAACACAAUAUUUAAAAACUCUAAAAAAAGAAGAAAUAAAUUUACCUAAUAUGUCCAGUAUUUUAAGUGGAGCAGGAGCGAAUACUAAAAAAGCUUUUAAAGACUUAUAUGAUCUUUGGUUUGAUGUGCAAGGAAAUAAAAAACAGUAUUUAAAACAUUUUACUGAAAAAAAGAAUAAGGAAAGGAAUUUUACUAUAAGUAACUUGUCUGGUAUUUUAAGUGGGGCAGGAGCCAAAGCUAGCAGUGCUUUUAAAGAAUUACAUGACGCUUUAAGCCAGGUAACUUAUCCUCUAUGUUAUGUGGAUCAGGAUCUCGCGCUUCUCAUAGAUUAA